ACGAUUGUACGGUGCACAAGAUUUUUGGUGUUAGCCACUUGUAGGUCACAUCCGAUAACCCAAAUUAUUUUUGUACUACUUAAUUUCAAAUCAUUACUUAUUGAAAUAUUUGAUAAUUAUCUUUAAAUCUAUAUUAUAACUUUAUUUUAUUUGAAAUAAAUUAUAUUAUUAAAUUUUUAAUUAAAAUGAAUCCUUGUAUAAUUCCUGAGGUCCCCAUUGAUAUCCAAGGAGACAACAGAUGGAUGAGCCAGCAUGAACGUCAUGUAUCUGAAGCGAAAGAACGUGAACCUGAUGUUAUAAUGAUUGGUGACUCAAUUAUACAGAAGUUACAGUCAAGUCCUAUAUGGAAUGAUUUAUUUGAACCCCUCCAUUGUUUAAAUUUUGGUAUUGGUGGUGAUCUAACCCAAGGAGUAUUAUGGAGAAUCCAAAGUGGCAUUCUUGAUAAUAUUAAACCAAAGGCAUGUGUUCUUCAUGUUGGUACAAACAAUUUUGGUAAUACUCCUGAUGAAAUAUCAGAAGGUAUUUUAACCAUAAUCAAAGAAAUCAAAUCCAAGCUGCCUGAGUGCUAUAUCAUUUUGCUGGAUUUAUUACCUCGUGGAGCCAGGCCAAAUGAAUUACGUAUUCGUAACUCUAAAGUUAAUGAAAUUAUACAUGAAAAAGUAAAGUCAAUUUCUCGGUUAGAAGUAAUUACUGUCAAUACAGGUCUGCUGCAAUCAGAUGAUACGCUGAGUGCUCAAGAUAUGCUGGAUUAUCUACAUCCAACUGACUCAUGUUACCGUAAAAUAUUUGAACCUGUACAUGAAUUGCUGUUACAAAUUCUCGGAGAAGCCAAAGAUAUUGACAAAGAAAUAAUUGGAACUCAGUAAAUCUGAUUUUGUAUAUGCGCAGAGAAAGCAGAAGCCUUUUGUAUUGUGAUUCUUUUAUUUCAUAUUUUCUUAUAAUUAAUUUAUGAUUUUCAUCGGGCCUAAAAUAUUUUAAAAUGUUCCUAAUUUAAUUGUAUAGACUGUUCUUUAUUUUUGGGGGGGAGGGCAGGGGCUUAAGCAAUAUGCACAAAGUUUAUCAUAAGCUAUGUUCAUUUUAGGUAUAUUUAAAUAUUGCUUCAAAGCUGAUACUAUUAAUUUUAAUUAAUUGGGGAGUUAGUAUAUUAGUCUUAUAUAUUUUAAAUCUAAUUUUGCAAGCUCUUUGUACACAUAUAUAUGUUAACAAAAAUUAGUAAUAUGUUUACUUUAACACUUAUAUUAAUAAUUUUAUAUUACCAUAUAAAUGUUGCUUAUUGCAUUUGAUUGUUUGUGAUGUAAACAUUUUCAUUAAGAAUCGCAGCAAGUUUAUGUUCAUGCAUUGCACAAAUCAUAACUUUUUUGUUGAUAAAUGUAUUUUUAUCUCAUAAUAAAAUAUAAUUAAAUACAAUUUAACCUAUCUUAGAAAACAA